CAGUGAACCUCCCAUGCCGAAUUGUCAAGGGUUGCAAGUAUUGUAAAAAGGAUGUAGGUGCCUCGUGUUUAGUGCAAAUCAGCCCUGACAGGGAGUAUUUGAUUGAUAUGGUUGGAAGACCAGGGGCUAUGAGCCAGCCCGAUUCUUCCCUGAAUUCUGCAUCUUCAUUAUUAAUUGCUUCACCACUAUGUCAUCCGAAGUUCAAGCCAGUUGAAACUGCUGAAUAUUCAAAGACGUUGGCCCAAUUGUAUUUCAUGGACUGUCAAGGCCUGCAACUUGUAUUUGACUCCAAAUCAGGUGGUGCAGUUGAUCAUAGUGAUGGAAUUGAUCGAAAGCCUACUGAAGCUUUUAAUGCAAACUACGCAGAAGAGUAUGCGUCAUUCAAAAAGGCAAACCAGUCAGUAUUGGAUAAUCAGAGUCACAAGAUUGAUCUUGAUGACGAUGAUCUGGAAAUUUUAUGGAGCGAACUUAUUUUGAAAGAUAAAAUUGGAACAGGUUCAUUUGGAACUGUCCUUCGUGCAGAUUGGCGUGGUUCUGAUGUUGCUGUGAAAAUUCUCAAGGUUCAAGGUUUUGAUGCAGAACGAUAUGAAGAAUUUAGAAAGGAGGUAUCACUCAUGAAACGUCUGCGGCAUCCAAACAUAGUUCUCUUCAUGGGUGCAGUUUUUGAACAACCCAACUUGUCAAUAGUGACAGAAUAUUUAUCAAGAGGAAGCUUGUUUGAACUUCUGCGCAUGCCAGAUGCUAGAUUAGUUCUCAGUGAGAAGCGUCGGUUGAGUAUGGCUUAUGAUGUGGCAAGCGGAAUGAAUUAUCUUCAUCAAAUGAGACCUCCUAUUGUUCAUAGAGAUCUUAAGUCUCCAAAUCUUUUGGUGGACGAUACUUACACGGUCAAGGUAUGUGAUUUUGGUCUCUCACGUACCAAGGCAAACACAUUUCUUUCAUCUAAAACAGCCGCUGGGACGCCUGAGUGGAUGGCACCAGAAGUGAUUCGUGGUGAACCAUCAAAUGAAAAAUGUGACAUAUUCAGCUUUGGUGUAAUCCUGUGGGAACUAGUGACCCUGCAACAACCUUGGAGAAAUUUAAAUCCGUCUCAGGUUGUUGCAGCCGUUGGUUUCAUGGACAGAAGACUAGAGAUGCCGACCUAUGUGAAUCCCAAAGUGGUUGCCUUGAUUCAACUCUGCUGGGCCGUUGAACCCUCGAGCCGCCCCUCUUUCUCCUAUAUUAUGAACUUUCUGCAGCAAAUGAUUGCCGAUACUCAAGGGUGAACAAGUUCAUGCUGAUCUAUGUCUCUGACUUUAUACAGAAGUAGAACAUCGUUUCAAAAGAAAUAUGUGUGUGUAUGUGUACAUAUAAGAUCAUUUUUUGGUGAUGUCAUUUUGAUGCUCCUGGUUACCUUUAUUGCUCAGUUAAUGGGUAAAUUUUCUGGCGGUAAGGGCACGAGAGACCAUGCUUCAAUUCUUUGUGCAGUCGAAAAUUCUUCCUCCACACAAGUUUCCCGGUGUGCUUGAUGGAGAGGGCUACCAAAACUGAUGCUGGUUCGUUGAUGACAAGAUCCAACUGUAAACGUGAGAAAUGGGUCUGCAGAUACCAGACUUGGCUAGAGAACAUAGGAUUAAGAAACAUUUACGUUUGAGGAUAUUUAGACCAGAGAUGCUUGAGGCUGAGUUGCUUCACCUGUGGCUAAGGCAAAAAGAACUUGAAGGUAUUCUUGAUUCCCAUUUUUUGCAAGAAUAGCUUCUGAACCUGCUACGCACACUUGCAGCUUGUAAACAUUUAUGGUUGCGAGGAUUUGUUGCCUCCAUAGAGGAAAGAUUUCUAUCAUUAAGCUUGGUCAAUAUUGUGAUUGAAGAUUGCUCCUUCCUUCUAAGAAGUGAACUAUAAGCAGAUGUUGAUCAUUCUAGUGCGGUCCACUGAAUGCUCCGUAAAUGUGUACAUAGGUACCUGGCUCCGUUGGUUAUAACUUUCUAAGAGAACAGAUGCCUAGCUCAUAAAUGUGAUCAACAGAUUUCAUAUCUCUUAACAUCAGUCAAUAAUGUCACCUUAAAUAAACACAAAGGUGGCGAUGAAAAGUCAACCAGAUAAGCAGUUGCAACAUUUCAACAAAAAA